AUUAUUGCACCGGUGAGGAGUCGUGCGGUUGUUUUCAGAAUCCAAAGACGAUGGUGACAUCCAUGCUACUAGCUAGCUAGUGUCCCAUAGGUAAAAUGCAUGCCGGGUACGCAAGCAAUUGAUGCACGCAUGCUCACGCAUCAACCAUCGAUACAGACAAACAUGCACACCUUGGAUGACACCGAUCGAUCACUGACUCAUCGCCGGCCUAUGCUUUACAUACGUGUGUGUGAGCAGAGCACACGACUGUGAGAGCUAGCUAGCUAGCUGGCUUCAUCGAGCGACAAUGGCCUCCGACCGCCUCAGCGCCCUCCGGGCCUUCGACGACACCAAGGCCGGCGUCAAGGGCCUCGUGGACGCCGGCGCCAUCGCCAUCCCGGCCAUUUUCCACCACCCACCCGACGCCUUCGCCCCGUCCACUGUCGCCACCGACGUCGCCGUUCCAAUCGUCGACCUCUCCUGCGAGCGCUCGGCCGUGGUCGGCGCGGUGAGGGCCGCGGCGGAGACGGUGGGCUUCUUCCUGCUGGCGAACCACGGCGUGCCGGAGGCGGCCAUGUCGGGGAUGCUGGCGGCGGUGCGGCGCUUCAACGAGGAGCCGGCGGAGGCCAAGGCGCCGUACUACACGCGGGACGCGGCCAGGCGCGUGCGCUACAGCUGCAACGCGGACCUCUUCCAGACGCUGGUGGGCAAGUGGCGCGACACCGUGUACAUGGACGACGCGGACCGGCCGGCAUCCGGCGAGGAGACGGAGGAGCUCCUCCUCCCGCCGGCGUUGAGGGGCGUCGCGCCGGAGUACACGGGGCAGAUGCGGCGGCUGGGGCGCGCCCUCUUCGAGCUGCUGUCGGAGGCCCUGGGGCUGCCUCGUCCUGCCUACCUGGAGGAGGAGGCCGGCUGCAUGGCGGCGCUCAGCGUGGCCGGCCACUACUACCCGGCGUGCCCGGAGCCGCACCUCACGAUGGGCACCGUCAAGCACUCCGACCCCAGCUUCCUCACCGUGCUGCUCCAGGACGCCGUCGGCGGCCUCCAGGUGCUCGUGGACGACCUCCUCAAGGACGGCAGCGAGCCCGCCGCGUGGGUGGACGUGCCGGCGAUGGGGGAGGCGUCGCUGGUGGUGAACGUCGGCGACUUCCUGCAGCUGGUGUCCAACGACAGGUUCAAGAGCCCGGUGCACCGCGUGGUGUCCAAGAGCGUGGGGCCCCGGGUGUCGGUGGCGUGCUUCUUCAGGGCGAACGGCCCGACGGUGUGCGCCCCGGUGGUCGUCGACGGGAGCGGACCGCCGCGGUACAGGAGCAUCAAGGCGGAGGAGAUGCUCUGCAUGUCCAAGACACAGACACGGCUCAACAACGUGAGGCUCUAGCUAGCUAGCAUCCGUUCUGUUUAAUAAAAAAAAAAAACUAGCUAGCAUCCGUGCGUUCACAAGGAUAGUCUGGCACAUCUCUAUGUUGUGGGAUGCAAACAUCAUCAAUGUUGCAAUAUAGCAAUUCUGUAUGCUGUCAGCAUUUGCCAUGACAAAAAUAUCAUGCCAAAGAUUAUUUUCGAGUACUCAAGAAAAUCAAAAAAUUGUCAUGAAUUUAU